AUGUCCACGCGACCGCGACGACUAGCAGCUAGGAAGACUCCGCUGGUUAUAGAACUAAGCGACUCGGAUGAUGACGGUACCAUCGAGCAGCUGCAACUGCCGCAUCUGGCGCAACGCAUCAGCAUCAGCAGAUGCGCCAGCAGCGAAAAAAAGGCGCACAAAAAAAAAGACAAAGAGAAUGAACCAAGUCCAAGCAAUGGCGCAACUGAGGCCACAGCUGAAGAACCAUUGCCGUCUGCCCAAGAAGUAGACGGAGCUGCUCCAAGCACGACUUCAGCAACAACGACCACUGGACGCAGCUCAUUUUGGGAACGUCGCAAAGUGUGGAAUAUCCAUGAGCUGCUAGCCGAGACGGAGCAUAUCCAGCCAACGGCUGCGCGCAACAUUGUACAACUGUUUGAGAAUGAAAACACCAUUCCAUUUAUAUGCCGAUAUCGUCGCGACCUGGUGGAUCAUAUAACACCAGAACGUUUGCGCGACAUUCGCAACACAUACACCGAGAUUGUAGAUCUGCGCAAGAAAGCAGAAAACAUUGUGCAUCAAUUGGAGCGCGAGAAUGUGCUGAAUACAGAAAUACGCGAAGAGCUUAUGUGCGCCAAGACCAAUGAGGAACUAGAGUUUCUAUAUGCGCCCUAUAAGCCUGCUAGCAAGGGCACUUUAGCAGAAAGAGCCAAGGCCCUGGGACUGCAAGAGUACGCCGACUGUCUGCUUUAUGGCACAGCACCCAAAGUAGAACUGUCUGCAAUUGUGGAUAGAAACAAUGCGGAUUUGGCCAGCGAGGAGCAGGUGUUGGCGGGCAUCUGUAACAUAAUUAUUCACAACAUUAGCAAGAAUACCAGUGUAUUGGAGGAGUUGCGUCGGCUACAAAAUGUGCAUCGAAUUAUGUUAAAAUGCAGCAAAGCCAAAGCCACAACAUCGAAGGUUACAAGUAGUAAAUCAACAGCUGGAAAUGGAAUUGCGGACAAAAAACUGGACAGCUCGAAGUUCGAGAACUACUUUAAUUUCCUAGCUGAUGUCAAGUCAACAAAACCACAUCAAACGUUGGCAAUUAAUCGAGGCGAGAAGCACAAGUUUCUCUCCGUCAAAGUGGAGACGAACAGCUAUUUGAAGAAUGACCUAACUCGUUUCAUAUCGGAGCAGUACAUGUCCCAAGGCCUCAACUAUCCGCUACGCCGCGAGGUAUUCAGUCGUGCACUAGAGGAAUGCUUCACCAAGAAAUUGCAACCAUUGUUGUGUCGUCAGGUGCGCGCCGAGCUGAAAGAAAAAGCAACGCGUGCCUCCAUCGAAGUGUUUGGCAAGAAUCUAAAGCAACUUUUGUUGAUGUCCCCGUUGAAAGGUGAACGCAUCCUUGGCAUCGAUCCUGGAUAUACCAACGGCUGCAAAUUGGCGCUUAUCUCCGAGACUGCUGAUGUUCUGGAAACUGGAGUUAUUUAUCCUCAUGGCCGACAGGCCAAUCGCAAAGGAGCCGAACAAAAGCUCAUUCAACUUCUUAGCAAAUAUAAUGUUCGCAUCAUUGCUCUGGGCAAUGGCACCGCUUGUCGCGAUACAGAAAUGUGGCUGUCGUCGCUCUUUCAAGCGGGCAUUCUCGACAGUCAAAGUAUUCGUUACAGCAUGGUAAACGAGAAUGGAGCCUCGAUUUAUUCCUGCAGCGAUGUGGCCACCAAGGAGUUUCCCAACAUGGACAGAAACGAAAUCAGCGCGGUAUCAAUUGCUCGUCGUUUAAAUGAUCCGCUGAGCGAGUACGUCAAGAUUGAGCCACGACAUUUGGGCGUUGGCAUGUAUCAGCACGAUGUGAAUGAAAAGACAUUAACAGAGACGCUCAAUGAUGUGGUGUCCGAGUGUGUCAGCUAUGUGGGCGUUGAUCUAAACACUGCCAGUUUGAGUGUGCUCAAACACAUUGCAGGUUUGUCGGAGAAAAAGGCCGAGAAGAUCAUUGAACAUCGCAUCCAGAAGGGACCAUUCCAAUCUCGCAAGGAUCUCCUCGCGGUACGUAGCAUUGGCGACAAAACUUACGUUCAGUGCGCCGGUUUCGUGCGCAUCGAACCACUUAGCGUGGGUGGCAAAGUAAAGAAUCCGCUGGACUGCACCUGGGUGCAUCCGGAGAGCUAUAAAGUGGCCGAAGCUGUCAUACAGGAAUGUGAGUUAAAACUCUCGGACAUUGGCAAGCCAAGAUUUAGGGAACGUAUCAAACAGUUGGCCAUGACAGCGAGCAAAGUUGAGCAGCUCGCACAACAGCAUAAGUUGCCCACGGAGCGGGUGAAAUUCGUGCUUGAUGCACUGCAGCGUGAACUUUUGCAGGAUUAUCGCGCGGAUCUGGACAAACGGCCGCUAUUCAAGCAAGGACUCACACGACUGGAGGAUCUCAGUCUCGGUGAUGUCGUCACAGGUGCCGUCACCAAUGUCACACAUUUUGGUGCCUUUGUGGACAUUGGAGUGGAGCGCGAUGGCCUCAUACACAAAAGUCAUAUGAACAAUUGUGAGCUGAGCAUUGGAGAUCGUAUUAUUGCCUCUGUACUCAAGGUGGACAUGCAGCGACGACAGCUGGGAUUGCGUUUGGAGAACAUGCUGGAGGAGACGGACACAUCGUUCACAUUGAAGACGGAGUAAAGACAUCACCG